GCUCGGAGUCGGAGAGAGACACAAGCCAACCUCGAACUCGAAGCAGAGCAAACGCGAAGCAGAGCAAGCGCCAUGGACGCCGAGAUGGCCAUGGGCGAGAGCUUCGCCUACUACUGGGAGACGCAGCGCUACCUUGAGUCCGAGGAGCUCGACAGCAUGUACCUGCCGACGCAGGAUGACUCCAACUACGAGUCGAGCUCGCCGGACGGGUCGCACUCGUCGUCGGCGCCGGCGCCGGCGGCCGUGGGCGGGGACGCAGCCGCCGCGGUGGCGGGUAGCGGUGGCGGGAUGACGACGAUGAUGAUGGGCGGCGGCGGCGGCGGUGGCGACGACGCCGGUGGCGCGAACAAGAACAUCCUCAUGGAGCGCGACCGCCGCCGCAAGCUCAACGAGAAGCUCUACGCGCUCCGCAGUGUCGUGCCCAACAUCACCAAGAUGGACAAGGCGUCGAUCAUCAAGGACGCGAUCGAGUACAUCCAGCGCCUGCAGGCGGAGGAGCAGCAGAUGCUCCGGGAGGUCGCCGCGCUCGAGUCCGCCGCCGCGGCGAGCGCCGCCCCGGCCGCGGCGAACCCGUUCGCCGGCCUCGGCGCCGACGAGGAACACGAGUACGGCCACCACCACCCCUCGUCGUCGUCGGAGCGGACGAAGAAGGUGAAGCGGGCGCUGUCCGUGUCGUCCAUCAGCGACGCCCUGCUCGCCGCGGCGGCGCCGGCGCCGCCGGUGGAGAUCCAGGAGCUGCGCGUGUCGGAGGUGGGCGACAGGGUGCUGGUGGUGAGCGUGACGUGCAGCAAGCGCCGCGACGCCAUGGCCCGGGUGUGCCGCGCCCUCGAGGAGCUCCGCCUCCGCGUCAUCACCGCCAACAUCACCUCCGUCGCCGGCUGCCUCAUGCACACCCUCUUCGUCGAGGUAGAUCACAUGGAUAGUGUCCAAAUGAAGCAGAUGGUGGAGGCUGCUCUCUCCCAGCUUGUGGCGACCGGCAGUCCGUUGAGCUCCAUGAGCUAUUAGUUAUGAGCUGGAUAGAUAUAUGGAGUCAUGCGUUUUGGCCACCUACUUUACCUAGUCUCAUUCGCAAUAAAGCGCAUUUUUAUGUAUGCUUGGUGAUGUUGUUGUUGUCAUUUUUGCGACACCCCACUACGUGAUGGAGGUGGUUGUUUUCUUGCGAGGCAACGAUUUAGUGGCUGGAUGAUAGAUUUAAGUAUUUUGGAAAUCUUGAGUACGCUGACUUGUUUAUGUAGCUAUUAAUAUUGAUGAAUAAUAAGGUGGUCCAGCUUAAUGAAAACGAAAA